ACAAAAAUGUCCUAUAAACAAAAAAAUAAAAACAUUUUAAAUUUUCUUAAAUCUCCAUCUUCAUAUACUCUCUCCUCCAUCUCCAAUAAACAAAACUCAACGGUUAUCUGCUGAAACUUACAGGCGUCAGAUCAAAGUGAACGAUGAAUAAUGGAAGAUUACUAAAUGGAAGAUUAGCGCCAAUUGUGCGUUUUAGAAAAACCCUAAUCCGAAAAAACCAUACUCUUUCUCCUCAAGUCGAAACUGUCUACCUCUGGGAAUCGCCUAACGCAGACUCAAUCUCCUCUGCUCUUCAAUACUACAUCAACCACUCAGAACACCCUUUCAAUGGCCUAAAGAUUCAUUCUUCAAUUAUCAAACUUGGUUUCAUACCCAAUGUCAAUAUAUCCAUCAAACUACUAAUUCUCCACUUAAAAUCUGGCUCUAUGUCUUAUGCCCACCAGAUGUUUGAUGAAUUGCCAAACCCACAAAUCCCUUCUCCUUAUAAUUAUAUGAUUUCAGGUUACAUAAGAAAUGGGCAGAUCCUUGAAUCAUUUGAUUUUGCUAGAAGGUUAGCAUUCAACUAUGUGAAACCUGAUGGCUUCACGUUUUCAAUGAUUCUAAAAGCUUCAAUUGUCUUACCUUCUGCAAUAAGAUUGUUAGGAAGACAAGCUCAUGCGCAGAUAUUGAGACAUGAUAUAAUCGCAGACGAUGUUCUUUAUACUGCACUUGUUGAUUCUUAUGUUAAGAGUGGAAGUAUAAGUUAUGCAAGGAGAGUAUUUGAUAUGAUGUUGGAAAAGAAUGUAAUUUGUUCAACAUCUAUGAUUUCAGGAUAUAUGAACCAAGGCUCUGUUGAAGAUGCUGAAUAUAUAUUUCAUAAAACUCCUGAGAAGGAUGUCGUAGCCUUUAACGCGAUGAUCGAAGGCUAUAGCAAAUCAAUUGAAACUGCAGGAAAAGCUAUUUGUGUAUUUGUUGAUAUGCAACGGUUGUAUUUUAAGCCAACCAUAUCGACAUAUGCAAGUAUUAUCGGUGCUUGUUCUGUUUUAUCAUCGUUUGUGAUCGGUCAACAGGUGCAAGCUCAGAUCAUGAAGACUGAAUUGUUUACUACUGAUAAUAUCAAAAUGGGCAGUGCUCUGAUCGACAUGUAUUCAAAAUGUGGACGAACUGAUGAUGCACGAAGAGUGUUUGACGAAAUGCCUCAAAAGAACGUGUUCACAUGGACUUCGAUGAUUGAUGGGCAUGGGAAGAACGGGAACCCAAAUGAAGCGUUGAGUCUUUUCGAGGAAAUGAAAAGAAAUGACAAUGUAAAACCAAAUUACGUGACUUUUCUGGCUGUUCUAACUGCUUGUGCCCAUGGCGGUUUGGUGGGGGAAGGGAGAAAGAUAUUCGAGAGUAUGGAGAGGAUUUACAAGAUGAAACCGAGGAUGGAACAUUAUGCUUGUGUAGUCGAUUUAAUGGGUCGUGCUGGAAAUUUAAACAUGGCGUGGGAAUUUGUGAUGGGUAUGGAUGAGAAACCGAGUUCAGAUGUUUGGGCUGCCUUGCUUAAUAGCUGUAAAUUACACGAUGAUUUAGAAUUAGCGAAUAUUGCUGCUAUGAAGCUUAAUGAUGGUCAUCUUCGGCCAGGGUCUUAUGUGGCACUUUCUAAUGCGUUUGCGGCUGCAGGGAAUUGGGAUAGUGUGAGUCGAGUUAGGGAGAUGAUGAAAACUCGAGGGAUAUCGAAAGACACUGCUUUUAGUUACUUAGGGAAACACGAAGAAAAAUGUCACUAGUUGUCGGGUUAAUUGCAAGGUUAAAUUUAUUACUUGGAUUUUGGCUUGAAAUUACAUCCUCAUAUAUGUGAUGUUCAUAUUAUAGGUGGUUGAUUGAUUCUCUUUAUAGUAAAAUUGAACAGUUAAUAAGCAGGUUGAUCAUUGAUUGAGGUCCAAUGCAAGGAGUCUUCAUUGUUUUUACUAAUUUAAUGUGUGUUUUCACA